UAUGUUUGACUAUGAUACAAAAAAGAAAAAGAACAUCAAAACACUUGGCAAUCUGAUUUAUACUCGGGGGCUACGCCCCCUCGUACAAAUCAGAUAGCCUCGUGUUUCGAUGCUCUUUCUAUUACAUGUACCUUAAAGUACAACAUUUCAUGAACUGAUAAGACUUUAUGUGUGAUUGUGUGGAGGACAAAGCAUAUACUUGUAAACAUUAAAAUCAUGAUAUCUAUGGUAAUUUUUGUCGGACUUUUUAAUGGCGUUGCAGGAUUGUCAACUACAACAUGUUAUGAUGGAUGGCUGGCAUUUGAAGGGUCGUGCUAUUACUUUGGCUCUCAGACAGUUCACUUUACUGAAGCAGAGCAUUUCUGUAGACAGCAUCGCAACAGCCAUCUAAUACGUGUUGAUAAUAAACUUGAAAAUGCCUUCAUCAAAGAGAAAUUACGAGACUUCAAACCGAAUACUUGGUGGCUAGGAAUGACUGAUGAACUGAUUGAAGGAACAUGGCAAUGGUUUGACAACGACCAAAUAGCAAAUUUUACAGAUUGGCAUCCGGGUCAGCCUGACGCUGUGCCGGAGGAUUGUGCUGUGUUUUACAACAGUUUUAACUUUAAUUGGGCAGAUAUAAGCUGUAUUAGUAAUUACCGUCCGAUCUGUGAAGUUCGGUGUGUAUAUUUUUGAGGGUUCAUUCAUUAAUAACUAUUAAUUAAUGGAAAUC